GUUGUGUCCAUUUUGAGCCAUUUUGCAGUCUGCACCAGGUGGAACAUCUGCAUGGAUGUGACUAUUUAUGGUAAUUGCACUUUAAAAAUAACUGGCGAGAGCAGUGUCUCGGCCCCUGUGCCAGUGGGCCCCGGCUGCAAAAAACAGCGCAGGCUCAGCGCGCACGCGGCAAACGCCCCUCUGCGCGCGCAACGCCAAACAUGAAACGCACUGGACAAUCGAGAAACUGAAAUCUUUUGAGCUGCAGCGAAAUCCGAAAGAAACCAGAGAAAAAUCAAUAAAAGGCAACCAUGAGAACCUCUUUCCUCUGUGUCUUCUCUGUCCUCUUCUCGCUGCUGUUUCUGCUGCUUCUGCUUCCGCUCCUGCUCCUGCUCCUGCUGCUUCUUCCGCUGCCUCUUUUCCACCUGGGUGUUUUGAACGGGUACAAGCCUAGCUCCUGCUCGACACUGCUCUUACACUGCUCUGCUCUUUUGUUUUGUUUUAUUUUUACUCCAACCUUAAUCGCUUCUUCUGUUCUGUUCCAGGCAAUAUAAAAAUAUUAAAAAUAAAUUCCAAAGAAAAAGAACAAAAUAUAGUCAACUCGCUCAGACUAACACCUUCUAUUCCUCCAAUACCUCCAUCUUCUGCUUCAAUAUUUCUCUUCUAUUCACCACCAGUUAGCCAACCACUGGUACUGCUUCAUCGCUUUUCAAUAGCUAAUCUGGCAAAACCAAAGGAAAAAAAAAUAAAGAAAAAACAAAGAAAAAACAAAGACAAUCCAAAAAAGUCUGAAAAUAGCCUGAAAAUAACCUGAAAACUUUCAAAACAAUCAAAUUCCUAAAACAUAAACCAACUCUUAUUUUCAAUUAUUCUUUCUUUGUCUCCCUCUGCGUUUGUUUCCACUUCAUUCAAAUUUUAUUUCACCUUAUUUUAUUUUAUUUUAUUUUAUUUUAUUUUAUUU